UCCCGGACGGAGCGCGAUGCCGGAGACGGGACGGGUUUGAGGUUGGGGAGUAUGGUUAUAAAAAGUAACGGGGCGCGACGCGGGUAGAAACCGUGGUGGAGGCAAAGGCGCCGCGGGCUUGGCUUGGCUGGCACCCUCUCCUUCUCGUCUUCGGCUUCGUCUUCCCCCGUCAAACCCACCCACGCCGGCCGCCGACGCCGCCGCCGUUGCGGCGGGUGCUUCCCCCGCUCGCGUCGGUGCCGGGGGGCUGAGGGGAAGAGGGGGAGGGGGAGGGAAGGCACGCGGCUGACCUCGUGGGGGAGGGGAGGGGGGGAACGGGGCGACACCACCCACCCACCGCCACCAUGUGCUCGUUGCCCGCCUGGUAAGAUUGGACCAGCUGUGAUUUGGGGAGCUUAAAGUUUUGAUCAGAGACAUGGAAAAAGUGAUCUUCUGGGCACAUCUCCUUAAAUGCAAGCUUUUUCUUUCAAAAGAAACUCUUGAUUGGUGUGUUUUAGCUCGUGGGAACACCCACCACUUCUCUCUGGUGAACUACACAUAGUGGUUUUAUGCUCCUUUAUGCUCAAGAACAUUUGGCUGAUUCAAUCUUUUUCCUGAAGCCAUAUUUCAAGUCUGCCAAACAUCUACAUCACGUCAUCUCUAAAGAAGCUUCCUUUAAGUUGUAGAUGCUGAUCAUAUAAGCUGGGGUUAAUACCUUUGCUCAUUUGUUUGUCAUCUGUUGCUCCCUAGUUAAUUACCACUAGUGUUGCAUUGAGGUCAGGGUUCAUCCUUGCUAUAGUAUGCAACUAUAUACUAUGGUUGCUGCUUGAUCUUCUGAGUGAACCAAGAUCCAAGAAAACAUAAGGUGCUGGGGCUACUGUUCAAUUGACUGGUUGCAUAUAUUUGUUCGUGCUAAUCGAUAGACUAGUCAAUUGGAAGUGGUGGCAAACACCUGUCUUUGUGACUUGGCUGUCCAACAGGAAAAGGCUAGCACAAGGCUGACAUUGACCGGCAUAAUGGACAGAUUCAAAAUGAUUAAGGAAGUUGGUGACGGGACUUUCGGGAGUGUAUGGCGUGCUAUAAAUAAACAAAAUGGUGAAGUUGUGGCAGUUAAGAAAAUGAAGAGGAAAUAUUAUUCUUUUGAGGAAUGCAUGAGUCUACGUGAAGUAAAGUCUUUGCGGCGCAUGAAUCACCCUAACAUCGUGAAGCUCAAGGAGGUUAUAAGGGAAAAUGACAUAUUAUACUUCAUAAUGGAAUACAUGGAGUGCAAUCUCUACCAACUUAUGAAGGAUAGAGUCAAGCCUUUCUCAGAGGCAGAAGUCCGGAAUUGGUGCUUUCAGAUUUUUCAGGCUCUUGCAUACAUGCACCAGAGGGGUUACUUUCAUCGUGACCUGAAACCUGAGAAUCUGUUGGUUAGCAAAGAUGUCAUAAAGCUGGCGGACUUUGGUCUUGCAAGGGAAGUUACAUCCGUGCCACCAUACACAGAAUAUGUGUCAACUCGCUGGUACCGAGCACCUGAAGUAUUGCUCCAGUCAUCUAUCUAUGAUUCUGCAGUUGAUAUGUGGGCUAUGGGUGCCAUAAUGGCCGAGCUGUUGACACUUCAUCCUCUUUUUCCUGGCACAAGUGAGGCUGAUGAGAUUCUGAAGAUUUGCAAUGUUAUCGGUAGCCCAGAUGAACAAUCAUGGCCACAAGGAUUGUCUCUUGCAGAGACCAUGAAGUUUCAGUUCCCUCAGGUCAGUGGCAAUCAACUGGCAGAGGUAAUGACAUCAGUCAGUAGUGAGGCAGUCGACCUGAUUUCAUCACUGUGCUCAUGGGACCCUUGCAAGAGACCAAAGGCUGCAGAAGUUCUCCAGCAUACUUUCUUUCAGGGCUGUACAUUUGUUCCACCUACUGUCCGGUCAAAAGCUGGAGUGCUCCCUAAAACGCCUCCAUGUGUUGGAGUAAAAGGAGUUUCGGAGCACGGCAUGCCUCGAAGAUACUCUACAGGAACUCUAUCAACAACCAAACCUCAUAGUAAUGCAUCUCUGAAAUCAAGUGGCUUAUCUAAGACCGGUGUACAAAGAAAACUUCAAAUGGAUCGUCAGGCGCCACAGAAGAUUAAAAAACCUACUGAGAGUAAUAAUAAACUAACCACUAAUCGAGUACCUGCAAGGAAUAGCCCAGGUCACCCUGUAUUAAGGCAUUCACGCAGUUUACCUGAAACUGGCCGGGCAACAAUGCACAAGGUUUCAACCCUUACCGAGAGAUUAACUCAUAUGUCUGUUACCUCUCGAACGCGUACUACUCCCAAGCCUGCUGCCCCGUUACUGAAGGCUGGGCUCGGCAAGUCUGACUUACUGGGAAAAACAGACGAAAUACCUCCUGCAAAGAGGUUGACAAGAAAAUUAGUAAGCUAACGUAGCAGCAUCCAUACAGUGGAAGCUGGUUAGCUGGUGCAGAGAGGUGUUAUAAGCUACAGAGCAAAAUCCCGGUCUGCUGAAAAUGAUGGCACUGCCGGAGUGUUUGCCAAAUUUGCUGCAUCCAAGUGCCAUAGUAGAAUAAGUCGAGCCUGCCGAUCCACGUGGAUCUGCUUUUGCCCCAAGUUUGUUCCAUGUUUGAAUAGAACAUGAGUGUGCUAUAUCGAUUUGAAUUGUUGUCGACCAGUGUUCACUCGCAUAUGCGGUCUGACAAAUGAUAGACCCGCGAGCAGGAGGAUGUUUGGCUUUUGCUUGUACAGUUUAUGAGCUUUUGGGUGGCGGUCAAGUCUUUGUCGGGUCCUUGGCAAAUGAUACAAUGCAUAGUCUGGUUUUGACUUCGUCUGUGGCUCUAUUCAGGUCUUUGUUUGAAGAU